AUGCUUUAUUGGAAACUUUGCAACCUGGUCUAUUUAGAUAUUGGAAGAAACAACUUGAUUGGAACUUUGCCCGAGUUCCUUGAAGGAACAGAAAGUUUCCUUUCUAGGAGGCCCCUCCCUAGUCUGCAAGAGUUGGUAUUGUCAAACAAUCACUUGGUAGGUAAAUUGCCAGAAUGGCUAGGUCAGCUCGAGAAUCUCGUUCGUCUUGAAUUGUCCAAUAACUCUCUAUAUGGUCACAUCCCAGAAUCUUUAGGAUUACUUCAAAAUGUUUCUCAUCUGUGGCUACGAACCAAUGAGCUCAAUGGAACCCUACCAGAAAGUUUGGGACAACUUUCUAAGUUGUUAUUUUUGGAUGUUUCAUCCAAUCAUUUGGCGGUGGUUUCUUUUAGCUCCAACCUCUUCCAUGGGUCCAUUCCUAUUCCAAAUGGCAGCAUUGAGUUACUUGAUCUAUCCAAAAAUAAAUUUUCUGGUAACAUUCCGAAUAACAUAAGUGGUUCCUUGCUUUUCCUCUCCAUUUCCGACAACCACAUAAGUGGAGAAAUCCCAGCUUCUAUUGGUAACAAUCCUAAUCUUGAAGUCCUUGAUCUUUCCAACAACAGCUUAACAGGAAUUAUACCAUUAAGCAUUGCAAAUUGUUCUUUCCUGAAGUUAUUAGACCUUAGCAAAAACAAUUUAUCUGGGAAUAUUCCUGCCUCCUUGGGUCAACUAAGUAUGCUUCAAACCUUGCACCUAAGUCACAACAAAUUCUCAGGAGAGCUUCCAUCAUCUUUCCAGAACUUAUCGAGUUUGGAGACACUGGAUCUUGGAAGCAACAGAUUAUCGGGUAGAAUUCCACCAUGGAUUGGAUAUGGUUUUGGAAGUUUAAGGAUUCUUAGCUUGAGAUCCAAUGCAUUUUUCGGAGAGCUUCCAGCAGUGUUAUCGAGUAUAAGUUCAUUACAAGUCCUGGACCUAGCAGAUAAUCAGUUGAAUGGCAGCAUUCCUGCUAGCUUUGGAGAUUUCAAAGCUAUGAGAGUUAACAAGACUGUUGGGCUUGGUGUCUCUGAACUUGUCCAGAAACCAUAUACGUGGACAUAUUCCCGAGAGCAUUCCAACUUGAAGGAAUUGUCAUCACUUGAUCUCUCAAAUAAUCGGUUCUCUGGUGCAAUUCCUGAAAGCUUGAAAUCACUCUCAUUUCUGGGGUAUCUGAAUUUGUCACACAAUGACUUGUCUGGUAAGAUUCCAUAUAAAGAUCACAUGACAACUUUUGAAGCGUCCUCUUAUGGUGGAAACCAAAGCCUUUGUGGUGCUCCACUUGCUGUAAAAUGUCCUGGUGAUGAAGAUGAUGAUGAUGAUCCUGAUAAUGGAUUGGUUAUUCCCAAGGAUAAUACUAAUGGUGACAGCUUCAUUCACAAAUGGUUUUACUUGAGUACUGGAUUGGGAUUUGCUGCUGGAAUUCUAGUUCCUUAUCUAGUAAUGGCAACGAUAAAAUCUUGGGGUGAUGCCUAUUAUACUUUUGUGGAUGUGGCUGUUGAAAGGAUACUAUUCAUAUGGUUGAAAUAUAGAACCAUACUGCAGAGGAAUAGAGGGCGUCAUUAG